AUGGACGAGAAUUCAGAUAGUCGUCUACAGCACGAGGUCGAUGCUCUUAAAAGAAAACUUGAAGAAGAUCGCAGUAAGAUGACCGAUGGAGAAAUUACUUUUAUGAGCCAGCAUUUCGAAGCUGUUCCCGCACUUAACGUGAAAGUACGACGAAUUUUAAAGGGCCACCAGGGUAAAGUCCUCGGUCUUGCCUGGUCUCUCGACAAAAGGCAUGUUGUCAGCUCAUCACAAGAUGGCAAACUUCUGGUGUGGGAUGCCUUUUCAUCAACGAAGGAAUUUUGUAUCUCAAUGCCAACAACAUGGGUAAUGGCUUGCUCCUUCAGUCCAUCAAACGCUGUUGUGGCUUGUGGCGGCCUUGAUAAUAAAUGCACGGUUUAUCCCUUGACCCCGGAAGAGGACCCCGUCGUAAGAAAGAAGUUAGUCGCCACACAUAGCUCUUACUUAUCAUGCUGCCUAUUCAACAUGUCCGACCACCAGCUCUUAACUGGAAGUGGAGACAGUUCAUGUAUCCUGUGGGAUGUUGAGUCCGGACAGAUGAUCCAGAGCUUUCAUGGUCAUGCAGGCGAUGUUAUGUGCAUCGACAACUCUCCAUCAGAAUGCGGGAGAGUGUUUGUUUCUGGUGUGAGUUUUUUUAAUUCUUCUUGGUUAUAUAAUAUUUGA